GUCGAGUGGACGGGCCAUAAGCUACGGAUCUGUUCAAAAAACAACUUCCCGACGGCGGCAGGUCUGGCCUCGUCGGCCGCCGGUUACGCCUGUCUUAUGUACGCUUUGGCCCGACUUCACGGCAUCGACUCAGUGGAGACCAUCUCAACGCUGGCCCGUAUCGGGUCGGGCAGCGCCUGCCGGUCCGUCUACGGCGGGUUUGUACAGUGGGUCCGGGGAUCGGACGCCCAGACGUCCAUUGCCCGCCAGAUUGUGGACCAAAACCAUUGGCCAGCGAUGCGAGUGCUGGUACUCGUAGUGAGGGAUACCCAGAAAGACACCAGCAGUACGUCGGGUAUGGCCCAGACUGUGGCCACCAGUGCUCUAAUGCAGCACCGCGUGGCCAGUGUUGUGCCCGCACGGGUGGAGGCUAUGGUGGCGGCGAUUAAGGCCCGAGACUUCCCGACCUUCGCGGAGAUUACAAUGCGAGACAGCAAUCAAUUUCACGCCGUCUGUGAGGACACGUAUCCGCCGUUGACUUAUAUGAACGACACGUCCCGCGCGGUCCGACGGUUCUGUCACCGGUAUAACGACUUUCACGGCCCCCGAGCCGAGCCCCGCGUGGCCUAUACUUUUGACGCCGGCCCUAACGCCUGCCUAUACCUGUUGGACAGGGAUGUGGCGCCGGUGUUGGCACUGCUCGGCCGCUACCAUAAGGAUCUGGUGGUUAAGGGUAGCGGCGAUGGUGUGGUGGCGGAUGGCUAUGUGUUGCCGCCCGAGUUGGCCAAACAUUUUGAUGAUAACCCGUGUCUACCGCCCGAUGCCAUCCGGUAUGUGAUUAGCACUCGUGUCGGCGCCGGCCCUCAGCUGAUGCCGGAUGAGAGUGAGUGCCUGUUGAACGCCGAGGGCUAUGAGUGUAUGCUUUUAGCCGUAAGUCCUAUGCUAUGA